AUGUCCGAUUUCGCGAUUACAGCAUAUUUUGACAUCGACGUUGACUUUGGAAGCGUCAUUUCUCUUCGGCUCUUCGGGUGCAUCGUGCACACUCAUGUCCCCAAAAAAUUCCAGAAAAGGAUUGGAGUGCAAGUUGUCGAAGGGACCCACAUCGGAUUCAUAAAGGAGAGUGCUUGGGUGCUCCAUGACCAUGAGAAGCGCCGGAUUAUAAAAGCGCGCGAUGUCGAUUUUUUCGACACAGGAAGUAGGGAGUGUGUCGGGGUGGAAAUGGAUGAUAAGGAUGGGGAAAUGGGGAAAUGGGGUGUAGGAAACAGAUCUAAGGGCGUCACAGAACGUCAGAAUGGCGACUCAGGGGGGGCGAAAGUCAGAAACAAUAACACGAGCAUACCAAAAAACCAAAAUUCGCGCAUCCAAGAUCCAUCCACAUUAAUGCAAAGGGACCGCACAAAGAAGCCCCAUCCCAGAAGUGAACAAUCUCCCAGAUCAGUUGGGGGCAGGAGAGGCCAGAAGCGGUCCGUGAAGAUCGAGCUCCCGGCAGAAGAUAACACGUGUAAGGAGCCAUUUAACCUCUUUGUUGUCUUCAAAAACCGACUAGAGUCAUACAGCGCAAAAGAAACGUGUCCAGGGCCGAUUCCAAUGCCAUGCAGAAUGCGUACUGGCGAUCGGCAGCUGCACUCGCGUGAUAACGAGGGACUAAGCAAGGCCGUGAUUGGCACACUCACCAAUUGGGAGAGCGGUGAUGCGUGUAACGGUAACAUGACUCAUAAUCCAACAUUAACGGUGCUAGGCACUAAAUUUAACUCAACCACAGUAUAA